UAAAUGAAACAGAGACAGAAGCAAACAGUAGCCUCACCCAAAACCCCCGACCCCCAAAUCGUAGCAUAGCAACUCGAUCCACCCUCCACUCUGCUCCCGAACUCGAUCCACCUUCAAACGAUCGCCCUCUCUAGCUCGCCCUGCCUUUAGUGUUUCGAGUUCGGCCACUCCCAUGUCCGCUAUCUCAAGGUGAAGGUUUCGUUUGCCGUCGUUCAGUUUGGUGUCUUCCCCUUCCGAUUAGGUUGAUUCAGCUGGUAAUGUUGUAACAGUCACUCUUUGCUUUACAUGAAGAAAGCUGAUGAUUAAGUAAUUGGCUCACAUCACUUUAUCGACUUAAAAGUCUUUUUUCCUAAAAACGUUUGUAUGCAUCGAGAUGCUGGAUGUGAUGGCGAGAUGGGUUAUGAUAAUCCUUCUAGAAUUGAGCCAAAACGGGGUCAAUGGUUUAUGGAUGCCAAUGGACCACAAGUUUUCAACAAGAAGCAUGCAAUGGAGGAUGUUAACGGUAGACCUGUUUCAGGAGUUUCACAUAUGAGUGUUUCUCCUUGGGAUAACACUUCUGGUUUUCAGUCAGUUCCAGGGCAAUUUACUGACCGACUCUUUGGAUAUGAACAAAUGCGGAAUGUAAAUUUGGUUGAUAGGAACAUUCAAUCUAUUGGUAAUGGAAAUAUGAAUUCGGGAAGAAAGAGUUUUGAUAAUCAAUAUGGAAGCAGUCCAUCAGUGGGUUUGUCAAUGUCUCAUACCAUUGACGAUCCCUCAUCAUGUCUCAAUUUUGGUGGGAUUCGUAAAGUUAAAGUCAAUGAAGUUAGGGAACAUGACAACACAUUGACCACAUCUAUGGGGAAUUCAUACACCAGGGUAGAGAGUAGUACCAAUUCAAUGGGUAACUCUUAUAGCAAGAGUGUUGAAAACGCCAUUUCCCUAGGUCCAACUUAUAAUCAUGAAGAUGGCAGUAUCGCAGCUGGACCUACUUACAGCAAAGGAGAUGAGAACUUCAUUUCAGUAGGUCAGAAGGGGGAUGGCAAUUUCAUAUCAAUGGGCCAUAAUUACGGAAAAAGUGAUAAUGGUCUCCUAUCGAUGGGUCAGCCCUACGACAAGAGGGAGGGAAAUUUCAUAUCAAUGAACCAAUCAUAUGAAAAAGGAGAUAAUAAUAUCAUAUCAUUAGGUACCUCUUAUACCAAGGGUCAUGAAGAUCUUAUUUCCAUUGGUGCAACCUAUGGUAAAUCAAACAAUAAUUUUAUCCAAAUGGCCCCCUCCUAUAUGAGGGAUAAUAAUAGUAUGAUAUCAAACUGUCCAACCUAUAAGUCUGAUUCAAAUGUUCUAGCAAUGGGUGGUCCUAGCUACGAUAAAGGAGACUCUAGCAAUCUCUCGAUGGGUCAGAACUACAACAAGGGAGAAAGCACUACCAUAUCUUUUGGAGGUUUUCAUGAUGAACCUGGGACUAAUUCCUCUGGUGGUAUCAUUAGCAGUUAUGAUUUGUUGAUGAGUAAUCAGAACUCAUCUCAGACUUUGGAAGUAUCUGGGCAGAAGAUUUCGGUUGAGGCUAAUGUGGAUUCAAAUGUAAAUGGAAUUCCAAAAGCUGAUUCUCAAAUUGAUGCCAUUCCAAAGAUUAAGGAGCCAAAGACUGUUAAGAAGGCACCUCCUAACAACUUUCCUUCAAAUGUGAAAAGUCUGUUAUCAACUGGUAUGUUUGAUGGGGUUACUGUGAAGUAUGUUUCGUGGUCACGGGAGAAAAAUCUCGAGGGAGUUAUAAGAGGAACUGGGUAUUUAUGUUCCUGCAAUGACUGCAACCAAACAAAAGAUGCAAAAGCUCUCAACGCAUAUGAGUUUGAGCGUCAUGCUGGUUGCAAGACCAAACACCCUAAUAAUCACAUUUACUUUAACAAUGGAAAGACCAUUUAUGCAGUAGUUCAAGAGCUGAAGAACACUCCUCAAGACAUGCUGUUUGAUGCAAUUCAAAAGGUGACAGGGUCUCCUAUUAAUCAAAAGAAUUUUCGUGUGUGGAAAGCAUCAUAUCAAGCCGCGACUCGGGAACUUCAACGUAUCUACGGAAAGGAUGAGGUAACCAUACCAUGUUGAGAUGAGAAUCUUCCUCAUAAAAGGAUUUGAGGUAGGUUAGUUCAUAUGGGAACCUGUGAAUAGCAUUAUACAGUUGGUAAAUGAUAGACUGAUCUGGAAUUUGAGUAAUUUGAGCUGUUGAAUGUUCAUAGGUUUUUUUUGGUCUUUUAAUAAUCUCCAAAAUUAGGAUGCUACACAUUUGUUAAAAGGAUUUUGAGAGUAAAUCAUCAGUUCUUUUUUGAAUUAGGGUGAUAUUUUCUACCUUGUGGUCCAAGCAAAAGUGUAUUUUGAAUCAACAUUGUUCAGACAACAUCCUUUUUGCAAAGUGAUAUAAUUUAUUUAAGUAUA